AUGGCAGUACCGAUCCCAAGGAAAACGGUCCCGAGUCACUUGCCAGCCUUUCCCCGCAGCAAAUGUGGGCUCUGGAGUUUUUCACUUUGGGUAAUCCACCCCGCGGCACUUCGCGGCUUCCCAUUUUCCCGCGCGCUGCCCCCGCCCGGGGCGCGUCGGCCGGCCCGCCCCUCUUCGCGCCGCGCCCGCUCGGCCGGGGAGCCGCCCUCCCCGCGGGCCCGGGCUGGCGAUAACGCCGAGGGCCUUGGUGCGCUGGCGCCGUGCGUGAUGGCAGUGUACCGCGAAGCGAUCCCGGGCCCUGCUCUGGAGACGCCGUCGACCUCGCUGGAAGCACACACCUCAGCUCAGGGUUCGGUGAGCGCACAGCGAGGGGCACGCGGGGAGUGGGCGCUGGGCUUCAGCGCGGGGCCGGGCCGGGGGCUCCGGGGACCGACCCCCCCCCCCCCCCCCCCCCAUCCCGGGGCAUCUGGGAGCAGCCAGCCAGUCAGCCGCAGCCCCGCACGGUCCCCGCCCGAGCCUCCAGGUUGUUCAACUGCCCUGGCUGGGGACAGCAGAGCUGGUCACCUCUCAUUCUAUAGGAAGUUGUGCUAUGGCAUUGGAGGGGUUCCCAACCAGGUGGCCUCCAGCGCCAUAGCCUUUUACCUGCAACUUUUCCUGCUGGAUGUGGCACAGACCUUUACAGCGUGGCUAUGGCCCCAGCCAAUUUCCAGGGUCUUUCUCCUGAUUGGCGGGCAGGUCCAGACACUCUUGCUGACUGUGCAGGGCCUUGGCUGUCCCCUCCUCUGUCCCUUUCAGAUCCCUGCUGCCCAGGUGUCACUGGUCCUGUUUGGAGGGAAGGUGUCUGGGGCAGCUGCAGACCCUUUGGCUGGGUUUCUCAUCAACAGAAGCAGGAGGACAGGGUCUGGACGACUCAUGCCCUGGGUGCUGGGCUGCACACCCUUCAUUGCCCUGGCCUACUUCUUCCUGUGGUUCUUGCCCCCCUUCACCACCUUGCGAGGCCUCUGGUACACGACCCUCUACUGCCUGUUCCAGGCCCUGGCCACGUUCUUCCAGGUGCCCUACACGGCGCUGACCAUGCUCCUGACCCCCAACCCCAAGGAGCGGGACUCAGCCACCGCGUACCGGAUGACCUUGGAGAUGGCGGGGACGCUGAUGGGAGCCACCGUCCACGGACUCAUUGUGUCUGGUGCCCACGGGUCCCACAGGUGCAAGGAGGACAUGCUUCCAGGGGAAGGGGCUGUUUCCCCCAACGCGACUCGUCUCUACUUCAUUGCAGCCGCCGUGGUUGCUUUGACUUACCCAGUGUGUAGUACUUUGCUCUACCUGGGGGUGAAGGAGCGAUCAGACCCCUCCACCCCAGCAUCCGGCCAGGGCCUGGGCUUCCUGGCUGGGCUGGGUCUCACGGUCCGGCAUCGGCCCUAUCUGAAGCUGGUCAUCUCCUUCCUCUUCAUCUCAGCAGCUGUUCAGGUGGAGCAGAGCUACCUGGUCCUGUUCUGUACACACGCCUCCCAGCUUCAAGACCACGUCCAGGGCAUGGUGCUGACCAUCCUGGUCUCUGCAGUGCUGAGCACCCCAAUGUGGGAGUGGGUUCUGCAGCGAUUUGGGAAGAGGAUGUCGGCCCUCGGGAUCUGUGUGAUGGUGCCCUUUGCAAUCCUGCUGGCUGCUGUGCCCAUGGUGCCCGUGGCAUAUGUCGUGGCCUUUGUGUCUGGCCUGAGCAUCGCUGUGUCCUUGCUGCUACCCUGGUCCAUGCUUCCAGACGUGGUCGAUGACUUCCAGCUGCAGCACCAGCAUGGCCCAGGCCUGGAGACCAUCUUCUACUCAUCCUACGUCUUCUUCACCAAGCUUUCGGGAGCAGGCGCCCUGGGCAUCUCCACUCUCAGCCUGGACUUCGCAGGGUACGAGUCAGGAGCCUGCAGGCAGUCGGAGCAGGUGGUGGUGACCCUCAAGGUCCUCAUCGGUGCUGUGCCCACCAGCAUGAUCCUCAUUGGUCUGGGCAUCCUCAUGGUCGGCCCCACUCCCAAGGUGCCAAGUCGGGCCAACUCCCGCUCCCUGGGGAGGAGGACCAGCUACACUCUGGCUUGAAUUCGAGACCCUGUGAGCCGGCACGUCAGGAGCAGCAUCUUCUGGGCUCCAGGCACCCCCUUUCAGCCCUUUGGCACCCCCGCCUCACCGUUUACACACAACCUGUCUUUUCCCCAGGGAUGUGGAGUCUUCAGUGGCUCUCCUGAAGGGAGUGGCCUGGGCUCCACCUUUCAUGUCUUACUUGUUGACCUCAGGACAUCUCAGAGAGGCCUGUGCCGCUGACUACCCAGCUCUGGGCAACCUGUGACCUGGAAAGCAUUCCUGUAGCAACUAUUCCUGGAAAAGGAGACCCCCGUCAGCCUGGUCUGCAGACUUCUGUAGGAGCACCAGGCCCACCAACCUGCUUGGAUGGUAGCUUUGCUACCACAGACACACAGAAUUCUUGUUUCUCCUGAUGGUGCAGUGAUCAUCUAAUGGAGAGGCUGACAGACAGCAUGUGAAUGGGCAGAGUGGGGACAGAUGGACAUGCUACGAUAUCCAGGUGGAGAGGUUCAAAGAUGUAGGCAGAGAGGUCAGCAGACCCCAGACGGAGCGGAUGGGGCCAGCAGUGGGGACAGGCUGAACAGGGCGCGAGGUGUUUCUCAAGACCUUUCCCCUUGUACAGCUCAGCUGAUGACACUGUUUCUAGACGUGGUCACAGACUGAUACUGAGCCACCAAGGAUCAAUCAUGUUUAUGAACAAAAGUUAUUUUUGUGGGAAUACUUUUCUGAAAGUUCAUCUUAUAAAAUGAUAGGAACCACUAUUUUCUAAAGGCCACCAUGUCUUUGGGGGAAGAAAGAUCUACUGAGGUUUAUUUUUUUCAGAAACAAAUUAAAGGGUUUAUCUUCUA